AUGGCGUCGUCUAUGGAUGAUCAAUAUAAUUCUCUUAUUCGGAAUGACACUUGCAGGUCUUAUGCUUCCGUCAACUUAAAGGGAGGACUAUGGGAAACUUUCAGUCCGAUAAUCAAGCCUUGUACAAUUCGUGUUGUUCUUACUUUUGCCAUUACAUCUGCCUGGCCUAUUCGUCAACUUGAUAUUCAGAAUUCGUUUCUCAAUGGUUUUCUUACGGAGGAGGAACCAAGGGCGUGGUAUACUCGACUUAGUGUGUUUUUACAACAACUUGGUUUUCUCACUUCUCGAGAAGAUUCUUUCUUGUUUAUUCGUCGUUCAAAUGGUGAUGUUACUUAUCUUCUAGUGUAUGUUGACGAUAUUAUAUUAACAUGCUCCUCUUCUUCUUUUUUGCAACAUCUUAUUGAUACCCUCCAUAAGGAAUUUGCGCUUAAAGAUAUUGGUGAGUUGUCUCUUUUUUUUCUCGGUGUUGAGGUUACCAAAACGAGUGAUGGUCUGUUUUUCUCUCAGCACCGGUGUAUUGAAGAUUUAUUUGAACGUGCCAAUAUGCAAGGAGCUAAGCCCGUGAGUACUCCUUUUACCACUUCUAUUGAGUUAAGUCCGCAAGGUGGAGUUCCUUUGAAAAAUCCUACUGAAUAUCGUAGUCUUGUUGGAGGUCUUCAAUACUUGUUGAUCACACGCCCUGAACUUGCUUUCCCGGUUAAUAAGGUCUGUCAAUUUUUGCAACAUCCUACUGACAAGCAUCUUCUUCUUGUUAAUAGAAUUUUGCGCUAUUUACAAGGUACUUGUUCUUAUGGUCUUACUCUCCGGCCUUCUUCUUCUUUGAAAUUGAGUUUUCAAGCAUAUACAGAUGCGGAUUGGGCUGGUGAUCCAACUGAUAGACGUUCCACUAGUGGUUAUUGUGUUUACUUAGGAUCGAAUAUCAUUUCUUGGAGUGCUCGAAAACACAAAGUAGUCUCUAAGUCCAGUACCGAGGCUGGAUAUCGAGGGCUUGCUAUUGCUACUGCUGAACUCAUAUGGAUUGAGUCUCUACUCAAAGAACUUCAGAUUUCGGUUUUUACUUCUCCUGCCUUAUGGUGUGAUAAUCUUGGUGCUACAUAUCUUACCAUGAAUCCUAUAUUUUAUGGUCGUACUAAACACAUUAAAAUCGAUUAUCAUUUUGUUCGUGAACGGGUUCAACGUGGUCAACUUAUUAUUCAUUUUGUUUGUUAUGAGGAUCAGAUUGCAGACAUCUUUACUAAACAUCUUUCAAGAGAUCGUUUCUCGUUUCUUCGCUCUAAGCUUACUGUCACUGACCACCCACUUAGAUCUAUGGAGGGUGUUAGAGUAUAG